CAGCCGCUCCUUUAUCUCCGACCAGCUGUGGCCGGCCUACCAAAGGAUGCCCGACACGCUGCGGGUCGAACUCGUGCCUUACGGAAAGGCAAAGGUGGCAGUAUGAGCGUCACUGAGCAGCUGCAGCGAACGCCGCGAGGCCGCCUGAAGUAUGAUCGACAUAGGGUCUGCCUGCAGUCCUUUGAGGACGUUCUGGAUGAGAUUCACUCCGAAAUGGAGUCCCUCCAAGUGCGCGUGGCCGUGCCGCGCUCACCGGCCGACUAUUCCUCACCGCCGAGCUUCGGUCUCGCUUCUUCCGACGAAGAGGACGGCAACACGCCUCUGCACCCGCGGGUCACUCGCAUGACCUGCCGCGGACCCUGGUCUCCGCGCGCUUCCGGCUCUGUCAGUAAACCCACCCGACAGAGCUCCGCCAGUGUCGGCUCCGCGACGAAAUCUCCAGAUGGGAGGAAUGAAAGUGGGGUAGAGGAAAGAUCUAAGCGCAACGUGGAGAAAGACAAUGAACAGACUGUACGGAGGAAUAUCGAGACGAGUUUCCAGCGGAGCAGGGAGGAAGAUCAGAGCCCUGAGAGGGGCGUGGAUGAGGAGAAGCAGAAGCAGAGGACCAGCACCCCGCGACAUGGCUCGACACCCACCCCGUUUACGCCGAGGACUUUCGACAAAUUGAUCCACGAUGAGAGGCAGCGACAUCUGGAGCAGGCCAAGGCGGCGGCUCGCGCGCGACUGGCAGCUGCUGAGGAGACGGUGCGCCGUCUGCGUGAGCAGCACGAGCAGCGUCAGCGACAGCUGGCCAUUGAACAGCAGCGGCGCAGUCGUCAGCAGCACGAGCAGCGCACGAUGCAGCGGCAGCGCAGCGAGCAGCAGCUCCGGCAGCAGCAGGAGAACAUGCGCCAGCAGCAGCAGCUCGAUGCCAAGGACCUCAGUGAGCGGGUACAGGCGGCCGUGCAGCAGCAGCAAGCAGACGAGGAGGAGCGGCGCCGAAAAUCCGCCGAACAGCGCGCCAAUCUUGACCGCAUGGUGGCUGCGCAGAAGGAGAUGCGCUCCAUCGUGUCACAGGUCUUCACUAGUAUCAAGGGCUGCGCGGACAUCUCUCGGCUGCAGGACGGACCGGCGGCCGGUCAGGUGGAGCGACUAAAGCAGCUGCUCUCCGCCAUGGACCGGCUGUCGACCGCCCCGCCGGCCGAGCUCGAUGUACCCGAGGCAGAGCGGGCGGUCACGGAGGCCACCGAGCUGGCACGGAAGAUCACCGCUGUUGUCGAUGAGAUCAACGCCGCCGCUCAGGCUGCCAAGGACGCCAAGGCGGCGGCAGCGGCGGCGGCGACCGCAGCGGCAACUGCGGCGGCCGCUGCACAGCCCGCAGCCGCCCCGGUGGCCGUACAACCGAGCACAGGCCCCGGCCAGCUGGGUGACGCCGUGCUGCCGGAGGACAGCACUCGCUACGAACAGGUGCAGCAGAAGGCGGCAGAGUUCCGCGCUCAGUUCGCCAGCCUCCUGGCAGACCCGGCGCUCAAAAAGUUCAAGUUUGAUUGCCAGAAAGCGGUGAACACGCCGAUAAACGCCAUCUCUCCGGUAUCGACGGCCCACCUGCGGGACAAGCUGGACAAGCUGCGUCAGCUGCUGAGGGGCCAGCCGGUGGCCGUGGCCGGAGGUCAGGUCAGCGCCGCCUCGCACCCCAACGGAGUCGCCUUCUGUCUCGACCUGGUCGCCAAGAAGUUUGUGCGUCAGGGAGAGGACGUGGUGUCCAGUAAGCCGGAGGCGGCGUUCGCGCUGGCCGCGGUGCUGCUGGCGCUACAGUUGGAGUUCCCGCAGCUGACCGAGCUGACAGUGGCCCACUGCCAGGCGCGCUGUCCGUACCUGGUACCGAUGUACCCACAGCAGCUGGACGGGGACACCAACGAACAGUACUACCGGAAACUCGGCUACGACUACGUGGACGGCGUGGUGGAGAAACAGGACAAGUUUUUGAAGCGGAUGUCGGGCAUAGCGCGGCUAUACGUGGCGCUGCUGAUCGCUCGACCGCCGCAGCAGACGCCCGCCCCGCCCCCCGGCGCGGCACCGGCCCGGCCACUCGGAGUAAAACAUUUGUGGCGGUGGCUAGCGGCCACCGUGAACCUGGAGCCGCGAGCCGACGUGACCGCCUCGAUUCUGUACGACGCCCUCGAGGUGGGAGGGUCCACGCUCUCCGCCGCCUACGGCACGCAGUUCGUCAAACUGGUGAAGCUGCUUCGGACACAGUACCUGGCGCGCGUUCAGCAGGUGACGCCGUCCGGCUGUGGCGGCCCCGUGGUGCGCCUGGAGCAGCAACUGCAGCGUAUCGUCACCACGGGUCGGGUACCGCCGCCUCAGGGAGAACUCAAACUCUACAACUGGUAGCGCCGCGUCGCUGUCAGGUGACGUCAUAAAGCUGUCAGGUGACGCCCAGUCGGGACACCCGGUGACGUAUUCAGCGGCCACCUGUGACGCUCAGCGAUAUCAAUUCUGACCCGGCUUGGCCCUCGAAUGCCCUGCGGGUCAUGUGAUCUGGUGACCCCUCGACACCAGUACCACAGGGGCACUGCGUUCUGCUUGGUAGGCUCGGUAGGCGCCGAAGAUACCGUUCUGUGGCCAUCUGAAUGUGGUGAUCUCCGUCCAAAUGCUACCGGGUGGCUCUGGUCUGGUGUCACUAUAUUUUCAUUGAUGACGUAAAUCUCUGAUUGACUGUCGCAGCUCUCAUGUCACACAUCUAAUUGUUCAUUGAUCAGUGAUCACGAUUGUUCAUUGAUCAGUGAUCGGGCCUCUGGUUGAAGUAUGGACACCGAUGACUAACGCCUACCACAACCCUUAACACGAAAACAUCGACAUCGUCCCUGGUUUGAAUGAAGCUGUGUGUCCAGUUGAGGCGGUCUCACGGCCGUCGGAGACUGAGAGCCGACAUAGCCAGCGCAGGAGAACGACCGUUCGAGGCUGACACGAUUCGAUGUCUGACAGGGGUGCGGAACUGCUGGGUGCGAUUGAUUCGGUGGAUUAUGGGAGAUUACGUGAAUGAGAAGUGCCACAUGAAACGUGAAUAUUUGAUGUUUUUAUGUGUAGAGUGUUGCAGCAGUGAAGGAUUAUGAUGUUUCGAACUAUUGUAGGUCAUUCGUCAAUCCUGCCAUGCUUGAUACCAGCGACUAUAAUGCUCUAAUGUCAAUAAAAUAUGUCAAUGUUCGUUCGGUAAAA